UCUCGCCAUGCAGGCCUUCUUCAUAAAUUACCCACCAACAGACCACUUCCGCUGUUUCAUCUACCAGAUCGGCGGCAUGGGCACGUCAUACCUAAUCAUCCUCGUCGUACUACUACGCUACACGCACGACAUCAACAUCUGGAAGAUAGUGCAGCUAGCUAUCUUACCAGCUGACUUCACCAUGCUCACGGCUAUAUACAUCGGCAUGCGCAUCUCGGGUAAUUUAGCGCUUGCGAAUUGGCGCUGGGAAGAUUGGUUUAGUAUUGUUGUUACGGGUAUCUGCACUGUUCUCAGAAUCGCGUUUGUUCUGGGCGUUGGGGUCAAGGAUAUGAGGGGGAGAGCCAAGAGGGCUUAGUUCAGCCAAGAAGGCACAGCCGGUAGGGCUGAGGAGAUGAGAUUUUGGUGGCGGACGGGAUGAGAUGGCUAAAUUCGCUUCGUGGGUUGGGUUAGCAAAACUUGAGGCUCUGCUUGUGCCGCAAACUCACGAUGACCUCAAGACGCCAGUCCCUGGAUCGGAAGAGUUUUCCAGUGUCGUAUAGUAAUGUACAGAACCCCACUAUUGACUGAAUUUUCUCUCUGCUACUGUUUCAUUCUUCCGCCGUGGAAAAAUGGAAUCAAUGCUGUUUUCUGGUUUGAUUACAAGUGGAGACUCGUUAAUUCCUAAAGCGGUAUAAAUCCCAACUCUUCG